CAUGCAGCGGCCUCCUUCCUCGUUUGUUCUUUGUUAUUGUUCUUCAUGGCGGUUUCGUUGCUCACUUACGUGAUCACUUUCUUCGUCUUUAUCUGCAAUUAUGCACUCACGAUCACUUCACUAGCACUUCCAAAAUGGCUUACAUUUGUUACUCCUGUGCCAUUUUACAUGGAAACCAACUAUGGACUCUUUCGUCUCUGCCGAAGUUUCACUCGUGAGUGCCGUGUGUUUCCGUCCAACGACUACGGAGACUGCAGUGAAGACGGAUUUUGCGAGUUAUGGCGUGCGGCGUCAGCAGGCAUGUUGGUUUCGGCUAUUCUGGGGGCUCUUGCGAUUGUGGCUUUGAUUGGCACCAUGUGCAGUAGCCGUCGAAAGCGAGCAAAGGCGUGGGUCACCGUCGCAGGACUUUUUGCUUUACAUGCUAUUCCACAAGCAUUUUCGAUGGGUGUUAUGGCCUACCUGUUCAAUCACAGUGCCACGUUCUAUAUGGGUACCCGCUAUGACGUUUCUUUCAUCCUUUGCACCAUCAGCUGGUGUCUCAGUAUUUUCCUUGCCGUGUUAUUGUCGUUGAUAGCCGUAUUAAGCCCACCCGAAUACUCGUAUCAACCGCUUAACUAAAGUAUAUUCUUUGGAUAUCAAAUAAAUAUAUCUACCGACGUCUUUGUCUCGUAUUCGACAUAAACCACUAUUACUUUGAC